AUGGAGAAUUGAGCACCGUCAUCCAACUCCUGCUAGAAUUAACUUUGUCAUAAAGUGAGCAGUUCUCACUAUACGUACUUGCAUUACCUUCGCCAAUUAGUCCUCUCAGCCUUCAUUCUCUUGGUUUGGCCUAUUAUAUAUCCUUCAGAACGGCUUCAAAAAUCUGCAUAACUGCAAAUUAAGGAUCUACAAGUUUCCCAAGCGGCACCAGUUCAUAUGCAAGUUAAGAAUAUAUGAUGAAAAUGAACAUGAAGGCAGCGAAGAAUAUGAGGGGUUUCAUGUGCCAAUCUCCAGCUGCUACAGCAGUGUGCAUGGCAAGCGAACCCUUGUCUGUGAUAGUGCGAAGGGGGCCUGAAUCCGAUCGAACCUUGGCUGAACAUGCAAGGCUGAUCGAUAGCACAAAGCACAGUCGCAUGGUGGAGCCUCGUGCUCGUAGCCGUGGAUUGGCUUCAGCUACUCUCAGAUCAGCUAUUGUUCCAUCUUUCGGAGUCGAGAAUCAACCAGAAAAGGCAUCCCGAUCCCAAGUAGUCUCUUCAUUAGCAGAAAGGGAUCAGGUUUUCCAGGUGGUUGUCAUGAGAGUCUCCCUUCAUUGCCAAGGCUGCGCUGGUAAAGUGAAGAAACAUUUAUCUAAAAUGGAAGGGGUAACAUCGUUCAGCAUUGAUCUGGAGAGCAAGAGGGUGACUGUGAUGGGACAUGUCUCACCAACGGGAGUGGUUGAGAGCAUAUCAAAGGUGAAAAGAGCAGAGUUAUGGCCAUCGGCUCCUUGUUGAAGUUGAACAGACUCACGAGCGAGAAUCAACUGCAUGUAUAUCAAUCACAACGGACGCACGUAGUAGAAUAGAAUAUGCCAAUAUGGUCAUGCUCAAUGCAUAUCGACGAUUAACUGGUCUGCUUCCAAUGAGUCCAGUAAGCAUCCUUGAGAGGUUGAUGUGCGCGUAAUGGUAGUAUUGCUUUCGAUCGAGGGGGAAAUUCUUGUGUCUCUGGCGGGAUAUGUGGUCCCCGUUUAACAAUAAAGUAUGAAAAUGAAUGGUGAACGAUUUUCCUACCAUCACGUGACUAGGAACAGAGAGAGAGAGAAAGAGGAGUAUUUUACAGUAGUAAUGUAAUGAACUUUUCGGGGUCAAAUAAAUUGAAUGCCGGACAGCUUUAUUUAUCUGAAUUAGCAGAAAUUAAUAGCUUGUCCCUUGCAUUUACGAGCCU